UCCGGCUGCAAAUCGAUCGUCUUUUCACUUGUUUCCUGAGAGUAGUGCGUAGUACUUUUCGAAAAAGCUCAUCGUCGACGAAGAAAAAGUCGAGAGAAAAUAACAAUGACGAAACGUUUGGAAACGGCAGCCACGAUGGCUUGCAUGAAAACUCUGCUGAUGCUCUUCAACUGCGUCUUCUGGGUAUUUGGUAUACUGAUGUUAUGUAUCGGUAUUUGGAUGAGAAUACAACUUCGAGACUACGUUGACGUAAGCGCAGAAAGUGGAAGGGCAGCUUUAUUGGCGUUAGCAAGUUUGGGAGCAAUUUUGACUUUGACAGCGACGCUUGCCUGCUGUUGUACAACACACGGUCAUCCAGCGCUUCUGUACUUGUACGGUGCAUUCUUGGCUGUCGUCACGUUAUUAGAGCUUGGAGCUGGAGCAUCAAUUUACGCUUAUCGUACCAAUUUGAACGAAAAGUUCGAUCAGGACUUCAAUGAUACUAUGGCCGUUUAUUCACAGGAUGAGAGGAAAACUGCUGACAUUGACACCAUACAGUCUACUCUGCUAUGCUGCGGUAACAGGGGCUACACAGAUUGGUUAAAAAUGGUCCCAAUGAAAGACAUUCCACUAUCUUGUUGCAAAGUUCCAAAGAAAGAAUGCAACACUUCUGAAACAAAUGAUAUUUACACUCAGGGAUGCUACACUCUUGUUCUGGAUUUCAUAAACAGCAACAUCGGUUUGGUCGCUGGAAUUGCAAUCGGCGUAGCAUUUUACCCUCUGGUUGGUGUUUUCCUGGCGUGUUGUUUAGCCAGUAACAUCAACAAAGUCAAGUACGAGCAGGUUGCUUAGAGUCUGCGUCGCUCACGGACCAACUCGCCGUACCAGUAAAGAAACAAUCCUCUACAGUCUAUUACUAAUUUUUACGAAUUUCACUGUCUUGGAAGGUCUCUUCGACCUUUCUACUUGCGCUUAGAAUAACGUUAAGCUACUACGAAUUGAUUUGAUCUCAGAUCGGUAAUUACUUCCUCCUCCAAUCUUCCAGGUAGUUUAUCGACAAUUUUUUAAUUGUAUUCGAAGUAGUCCUGUGGAUACAGUCGCACAUUAUUGUUUUAUUAUUGCACAUGUAUCGUAUAAAAAUUUGUUAAGGGAAUUAUUUGAAACGGUAGAUGACAGGAGCGUAAUUGUAUGAAGGGGGUGUGAAAUGACAAAUCAGUAGUAUCGAGUAAGUUAUCUGAUAGAGAGUUCUUCGUUACGUUUAUUUAACUGUAGCUUUUUUACUUUUUUUUUAAAUCGAGAAGCAUGUGAUUGUCGAGUGCAUGAACGUAGUGAAAUAUUUGAAACCAAAUGUUUCUUCCCAGUGCAGAAAUAAGUUUAAUGCAUUCGAUGUUUAUGUUUUUGGACAUAUUUUUAUUUAAUAUUUAAGCAACAUUUUUAUGUACUUUCUUUUGAUAAAUACAUUUAUUUAAACUUCUUUAAAUUUGCGUUCAAAGUUCUUUAGAUUUGCCUAAAAUUUUAUUAGACUUCGUUAAAGUUUCUCGCACCUUAUUGAAUGCCCUGAAGAUUUCCCCUUUCCUUAAAUUUUCUCAAAUAAAAAUGGUACUGGCUCUCCCUGGUUCUUUUUGGGUUUUCCUGGGUUUCCUUGGGUUCUGUCGGUUUUACCAGUCCUUUGCCACUUUUAACUCUUCAACGUAUACCCCAGAAUUUUCCCUAAGCCUCUCUGGUCUUCCCUAGCACCUCCAGGAUCUUCUUGGCUCUCCCUGGCUCUUCUCAGCACUCCUUGUGUUUCCUUGAGUUCUAUCAAGUUUAUUAGUCCUUUGCCACUUCUAAUUCUCCAACGUAUACCCCAGAAUUUUCCGUAAGCCUCUCUGGUCUUCCCCAGCACUUCCAGGAUCUCCCUGGCUCUCCCUAGCUCUUCUCAGCACGCCUUGUGUUUCCUUGAGUUCUAUCAAGUUUAUUGGUCCUUUGCCACUUCUAACUCUCCAACGUAUACUCCCGAAUUCAUCCCAGACCUCUCUGGUCUUCCCUAGCAUCUCCAGGAUCUCCCUGGCUCUCCCUGACUCCUCUCAGCACUCCUUGUGUUUCCUUGAGCUCUAUCAAGCUUAUUGGUUAAAACUGACUAAAAUAUUUCCAUAAAUUAUACCAAAACUUCUUUAAAUUUUUUUAAACUUCCUCUACUUGCCUAAAAUUUUGUCAAGUUCUGCACAUUGCCUCAACUAUUUCUUUCUUUGAAUGGCUUUAAGAUUUCGUUAAACUUUAUCAAAUUAAAUAUUAUUUAACACUUGAUACUUCCAUAUCAAUAAUAAAAUUUUACAACUUGUGUAAUUGUGUGAAUAUUUAAAAUAUGGUGUAUGUUCGUACGACAUUUUUCUUUACGAAUGACAUAAGUACUUAAAAACCUGUUGUAAGUUUCUUACACUCGUUCUCAAUCGCUCUUUAUACUCAUACUUUAGCAUGCAUUUACAUCGUGUAACAUAACUUUUCCAAUGUUACUGUAAUUUACGUCUACGUAAUUCUAGCACGUGAAUUACCGUCAAUUUCUUCAGCAUAUCUCUUCUUCAACAAACUUCACGUGUAGUAUCUUUCGAUAUUGUAUUUCGAUGUUAAAAAAGAUGUAACUAAAUACACGAUGUAAUAUUUUGAUAAUACUAAUUAUGAUUUUUCUAUCGUAUAAAGAAAACACGUGUUCAUUUUAUUAUAGCAUUCUCUUGCUUUUGUGCAGAAUGAUAUACGAUUAAAAAUUACAAAGCGAAAACGGGUAUUAUUCUAAUAAAUUGUGAAAUAAAACAGGAAAUAAGCGUUCUAUCGAAAUAAAUUUUAAUUAAAAAUGUUUUGGGUUAAGCAUUUAUCAUGAACAUCUCAGGAAGAGGAAAAAAAGUAUAACUUUCAUGUUAGAAAUUCCGAAACUGUGUUAAAUUUGUUCUCCAACGAAUUAUAAUCGAAUACCACGAAAGCUAUGUUCCUAGAUACAUACGUACUUAUAUUUUUUGAAAAAUAGAAAACUGAAUCUUAUUAACUGUUUCAUGCGUUCAUAGGUUUAUUUUUAUAGUAAUCAUGUCCGUUGUUUGGUAUACAACUCGUACAAACAUUACAUUUCCGUAAGAAGUUAAUCGUGAAUCAGAAAAAAAACAAAUGUCAAUUGUACUUUUUUGAAUUGCACCUAUUUAACAAUGCUUCUAUUCGUUUUAAGGAAUGUUGACAAAAUAUUACUUGCACUAAUGUGUACAUGUUGUAAAGUUAUAGGGAAUUUAAAAAACUUCAAUGUAACAUUUUUGCAUGAUCGCCUUAUCAAUUAAUCAUGUUAAAGUGUAUUAUACAAGGACCCUUUAUUAGGGCACUAUUCGUAAAAUAUCUUACAAAGUAUAUAUAUUUAUUAUAUUCGUAAGAGAUGUACGCAUAUAUAAAGUGGUUCACACAAAGUGUUACAAGCUAUUUAUUCAAAAAUUAGUAAUGAAAUUCUUUUAACUUAUUUGUCACAUCGUAUGAAGGUGACUUCGAAGAUUCUUUAAAUGAAAUGGUACUCACUGGCUCUCCCUGGUUCUUCUUGGGUUUUCCUGGGUUUCCUUGGGUUCUGUCGGUUUUACCGGUCCUUUGCCACUUCUAGCUUUCCAAUAAGUACUCCUGGAUUUUCCCCAGGCCUCUCUGGUCUUCCGUAGCACCUCCAGGAUCUCCCUGGCUCUCCCUGGCUCUUCUCAGCACUCCUUGUGUUUCCUUGAGUUCUAUGGAGUUUAUUGGUCUUUUGCCACUUCAAACUCUCCAACGUAUACUCCUGAAUUUAACCUAGGCCUCUCUGGUCUUCCCUAGCACCUCCAGGAUCUCCCUGGCUCUCCCUGGCUCUUCUCAGCACUCCUUGUGUUUCCUUGAGUUCUCUCGAGUUUAUUGGUCUUUUGCCACUUCUAACUCUCCUACGUAUACCCCGGAAUUUACCCCAGGUCUCUCUGGUUCUCCCCAACAUCCUCAGGCUCUCCCAGGCUCUCCCUAGCAUCUCCUAACUCUCCUUAGCUUUCCCUGAGUUUCAAAGCAGCAGCGAAAACAUAGACUGAUUUAUAUGAAUGAAUCUGCAAAAAACAAUAAAAAUAUUCUUCUUAAAUAUACUUUACUGAUUUUAGAGAAAAUAUCUUGUAACGCUUUAUUAUAACACACGUACGUUUCGUAUUACAUUAUAGAUAAUGUAAUCGUGAAUUUAUUCUGAUCUGCCUUCUUUGAGGCCGACUUCUCAAACAUUUAACGCUGUGACAUUCAAAUUAUGUACAUUAUUAUUAAUGGUAUUUAAAAGUUUAUUAUGAUUGCGUGAAUGUGUAUA